UUGCAUUCAUUUGUGUGCCAUAAAGACCACGUCCACUUUCUGAAAAGUGGAUUUAAAGUUGUGCGUAUGCACAACAAUAGGUAACGAACACGAGAAACCACACGAAGAUGGCUAUACUGCAGUCUUGUUGCUUUUGGAAGACGGUGCGUACCGGCAGCAUGGCAAGCGCCGCAUACACUUUGGUGUACUUUGGUUUCUCCACCGUUGUUAUGCUCAUUACCGUUUACGAUGAACAGGAGUUUCUGGCUGGUAGCAGCGAGCAGCCAUUAGGGGAAAGCAUCUUGGCUAAGGGAGAGAUAACUCCGGCUAUUGUUGCAUUUAAUAUUCUCUUUCUGAUUUGCUCGUUUUUCAUCGUCAUAUCGUCGCUCUUAACGUUCGUGGGGCUAAAUCAGAAUCGACGUCAACUGCUGUUGCCCUGGAUUAUUUUCAUGCUUUGCGAUGUGCUCAUUGAAAUUGUUCACUUAAUCUAUUUGUCAUUUACGCAAAUCGUGAACUUCGAUCCAGUAGUCGGCUUUAUAUUCACUAUCGACUUUUUUAUAAUGUGUCUAAAUUCUUACUGUCUGCUGUGCGUGAUAUCGCAAUAUCAAAAUUACCUGCAAGGACAGGGUUGCGGGAAUCAACAGACACGGACCGAAGUGGUGAUACAAUCAGCUGAUGGUGGAGCUGGCUCAAGUCAGAAUUACCUGUGUGCAACGAAAAUACAAAAAUCUAUCGCUAGUCCUUACAUAACAACAAAUCCACACACACAUAUUUCGACGAUACACGAGGAGAUGGACCAAAAUCAUAAAAUUUCUACGGAUUCAGCGGAAGUGCCGAGGGAACUGGUUGAGGACAACUGCUUAUACGUAACUGUCAGCAUUCCGUCUCCGUUAUAAAUGUGACAUUACCAGCGUUUUCUGUUUUAGUGCAACUGGCUACGCGUAGCGGAGAGUACAAACAGUAGCAGGAGUUGCAUCAGGAUUUACAACGAAUGCGUGCGAACAAUUGCUUGCAGACUAAAUGGAGAAAUUGUUGUUGCAGCUCAGCCUAUACAAGUAACAUGCAUUUAAAGCUACUUUAGUGCUGCGAAGGUGCCGUGUGAGAUAAAAAAGCAGGCGGAAUUUCAGUGAAAAAAAAGAAGAAUAUUUUUCGAAGUUGCACAUAAACAUGGCAGAAUAAGCGAUAUGGCUGACGCAGGAAUUAUAUCAAGUGCAUACUCCUUUGACAAUUUAAGAACAGAAUUGGUAAUAUACGAAAAGUUUCGCUGCUCCUUUUCCCGGUCUACAUGUAUAUGUCUGUGCAUGUAUAUAGUAUAUUAUUUUACUAAAAACAAAUUUCACGGUUU